AUGGAGGAAAGGGAUGGCCAUGGUCCUGCCCUGUCUCUGGUGCAUCGACACGUCUUCGGUCUCAAGCCAGAUGUCAAGAACAACGUGCACUAUGCCGAGGAGACGCAGAUCAUUUAUCCUGCAGGGACCAACGCGGUCUUGUGGCAGGCGGAUCAGAAACAGCAGAAGAUCUUCCAAGGACAUGAAGACGGGCAAGGUCUGACCUGCAUGGCCGUGAAUAGUACCAAGAGAUACCUCGCGGUCGCCGAGAAGUGCUACGAAGGCGCCAUCUGCACCAUCUUCGACUUGGUUACAGCCAAGAAGCGGAAGACCCUCUCGUGGCCCGAGUCCGACGCGCCGGAGUUCCUCUGCGUGGCCUUUUCGGCGGAUAGCAAGUAUCUCAUCACGCAGACAGGAAGAUCUCCCAGUGCGAAGCACGACUGGAGCCUGCUGUACUGGGUUUGGGACAAGCAGCGAGUCAUGGCCUCCAUCAAGGUCUCCAACCCGCAGAAUUCGCUGAUCCGCGAGUGCUCCUUCAACCCAACCGAUUCGUCCAUCGUUUGCGUCAUUGGCGACGGCAUCUUGAAGUUUAUGCAACUGAAGGAUGGCUUCAAAACAUUGCCAGUGGCUCCAGCAAAGCUUCAAAGCUUUAUGUGCCACACGUGGUUGCACGACGAUAAGAUGCUGGUGGGGGCAGACAAUGGUGACCUGCUGCUCUUUGACAAUGCAGGUGAGUUUCAAACCGUGCUGCCCACGAGCCCCGGCGAGCCGCGAGCUGCCACCUGUGUGAUCCCCUUUUCGAAGGGCUUCAUCAUUGGUGGUGACGAUGGCCGUAUUCGUAUCUACGAGAAAAGCGAUGAGCCCAAGGAGAUUUAUCGUCAAAGCAAGGUGCUUCAAGUGGAGCCCAACUCAGGUGCGGCGGUGCGAUCAUUGGCUCUGAGCCCCUCAGAGGAGUUGCUAGGAGUGAGUACUUCCACUGCUCAGCUGUAUCAACUCUCUUUGCUGGGUCAAGAUUUAAUGAAGGCCGAGGAGUCUCCUGCCUUUGAGCCAGUGCUGAGUCAUUUCCACACGGGUGCCAUUUUGGGCCUGGAUGUUUGCAUCCGAAAACCCUUGGUGGUGACCUGUGGAGUUGACAAGUCGGCACGGGUCUGGAACUACUUCGAGAAGACCUGCGUCAUGUGCCGCUGGUUUAACGAAGAGGCAUAUAGUAUCGCCUUCCACCCCUCGGGCUUUCAUUUGAUCAUCGGGCAGUCAGACAAGUUGAGACUUAUGAACUUGUUGAUGGAGGAUAUGAAGACCUACAAGGACAUUGCCAUCAAGCAAUGCAGAGAAUGUCGCUUUAGCAACGGCGGUCAAUACUUUGCGGCGGUGAAUACCAAUGCCACCAAUGCCAUUCAGGUGUAUAAAACCUACACCUGUGAGCCCAUCGAGACCCUUCGGGGCCACACCAACAAGGUUCGAUCUGUUGCAUGGACUGCAGACGAUAGCAUGCUGGUGUCCACGGGUGCUGAUGGCGCUGUCUACGAAUACUAUGUCCAGGCCGAAACGGCCAACCCCGGCCGCGACGGGCGCCGGGUGCACGACUUCGUGCAGAAGACCUCGUCCUUCAGCUGCGUCAUCGUUCAUUCGGACCAGAGCUCCAACUUCAACACCAUGUAUGUGGUAGGAAACGACCAGCUGCUGCGAAAGGUCUACAAAGGUGAAUCCAGCGGCACGGUGAAAGCCGGAACCACCUUAGGUCAAAUAGUGCUGGCGAAUUCGGGCAAGGGCCUUUUCGCUGCAGUGGCAGAGCCAGACGCUCCCGGGCGAAUUCGCUGCUACAAGUUCCCGCUGAAUGGCGGUGACAACAGCUGCGAAUGGACGGACUUCUCGGCCCACGCGGCGCCGGCCACCCGUCUCCGGAUCAGCGCAGAUGACUUCUACCUCUUCUCCGCGGCGGAGGAUGGAACGCUCUUUGUCUUCGACGUGAAGCGGAAAGAUCGCAACGUCUCGAAGCGUGACAAGGAAAGCGCCUUGCCGUUGGCAGAUGAGAUUCUGGUAACGCGGACCUUCCUGGAUGAUAAGCAGGGACAGCUCAACGAAUUUGAGCGACAAGUGGAUGAGCUCUCUAACCAACAGGAAUUCCAGCUCAGGCAUCGAGAUAGCUUCCACAAAGAGGAGAUGGUGGCAAUGGAUGAGAAGUACACCGCAGAGAUUGAUGAGGAGCGCCAGAAGUACGAAGUGCUCCGAGAAGAGAAGAACGAUGCUGAGAUGGAGGCGGAGGAGAACAUCAAGAGUUUGCUGGAGCAUCACGCGAAGCAGGACCAAGACUUGGAGCAAAGCUUCCAAGAAAAGAUGAUGGAGGAGGUGAACAAGUAUCAGAAGUUGGCCGCUGAGCGCGACGAGAUUCACAGACGCUGGGGGGAGCAGCAUCAGCGGAUUAUUGCAGAACAUCAGAAGAAAGUCAAUGAGAUGCAAGCGCAAUUUGCUGCGCCGAGCCCGGAGACUUCGGUCCCAGGCCCGCUUUCGGUGGUUCUUGCACAGGACUGGUAUCAGGAAGCUCCUUGGCUAAUGGCGCCGCCUCCUCCGCUUCCGAACAACAGCGUGCAUCUGGAUUCCGGUCAGGCUGCGGGUUCUACAGCAAUUUCUGCUGCCGAAAACAAGCUGAAGUCCAUGUACGCAUUGCUGGAGAAGCAUCCGGAGGGCUUGCAUCCGGAUAUUCAGAAAGAGAUGAAGGAGGCAAAGCUCAAAGAGGGCGAGGUUGCAAUCAAAUCCCUUCACAAGCAGGUGAACGCACUUGGGAAGGCCAGAACGGAAUUGCAAAAUGCCAAUGCGGCCCGCCUCAGUCUUCACUCUUCCUGGAGGACAUUUUUGGUAGAGCAGGUUUCCAAGUGGCAGGCAUAUUCUCAGCAGUUUCAACAACAAGAGGAUUCCCUCUCUGCAAGGGUGACUGCUGCUCGACUUGCGCUGGACACUGCUCGUACCAACCUUGCAGUAUCAAAAUCUCAGCUGCAGAAAUCAGAGCACGCGGAAUCUUCGGACAUGACUGUGACAGUGAGCGACGAGGAGGAAGAAUCGAAAGAGUCGAAGGAUGCAGUCAAUUCAAGUGCUCAAAAGAUCACAGACAGCCUUCAGCACCUUGGAGAAAGUCUCAAGACAUUGAGUGCAAACGCAGACGAGUUAAUGUUGGCAGAACAACAGGCCAACAAGCGGCAGCGUACAGAGCCGCCAAUGCCCAUGUCUGGAGGCAACGUGCCAGGAGAUCAGCAUCUCAAGUGGUCGCAUUCCAUUGUUCAAGAGCCCGAUUAUUGCUCAGAAUGGGUUGCUGCGCAUAGAGCUACGGAGCUUGCGUUGCAAUGUGGAACUUCCACUUUUCAGAUGCCUGGUGUGAAUGCCCAUGAUCGGAACAAGGCUGAGGGCUGCCUUUCCGUUCGUUUUCAUCCUUUGGUCGAUGUUUUUACCGGAACUGAUGAUCACAUCCACAUGCAUUCAAUUAGUGUGCCUGCCGAAGUGCUGCCGCACAUUGCAAAGCCGUGGUCUAGUUACCAUCAAUCCCGAGGUGUCAAUAGAACCCUCCCCAGUUUUGAUUUUGACAGGGAUGUUGGCUGUCCCAUCGAUCAGCUAUUCACCCAUUUUGCAUUUGUUGGUGAUCGUUUGACCCCUCAUGCUCAUGACUUUGAUGCCAAUUUACCGUCCCUUGACUGCGCGAUCGAAGGUUGGAACCAUGUUUCAUCAUGUCUCAAGCGUGCGGGUCAAGACGAGGACGAUGACUCCAGCAAUUUGCAUGCCGUACCAGUGACUGACGAAGGGCUUUCUGCUGGUCCCAUUUACCCAAUGAACAACUCACUGCCUGUUGGAACGAAGACGUCCAACAGCUUAGGUGAUGUUGAUCCCGACCUUGCAUGCCCAGUUCCCGCAUAUCUCCAUCCCAGUUCCAUUUUGAAUUGCUUUGGACUCUGUUGCGAUCCGCUGUCUUUUCGUAAGGCCGUGUCGAUCCCAGAGGAUCAUGCGUUGCUCAAGGUGCCGUCAACCUUGGAUUUGGCUACUCAGGUCUCCACUUCCAAAGUCAUGUCGAAUCCUAAUGUCGGUACAUGUUUUCAUGCUCCUAACACUGCCAGCCUAGCUCUGGAGGAUCAUGUAAUGUGUCCCGAUUCGGACGUGCCUGCUGACGAGGGUCCAGCUGAUGCAUCACAGCCUCGCUCAACAGCCAGUGGUACUUCUCCUAGUCGUGCUGUAUCGCCAAUUCGGCUCCCGCCGUUUGCUCAGCAGAUGAUGGUUAAUCUUCCACUUGAAUUUUUAACCAACCCUGUUCGGAUUGUUCAAGGGUUUGUGGUGCGUACUUGGUACUUGCAUCAUACCAACAUUCCCCUGUCCUUACAGGCUCGCCAAAUCAUGAUGACAGGGCCGCCUCACCUGUGGAGAGCGCAGAUUCUUGCCACCUGGACUGACCUUAUUGUUCCGGGAGAGGAUCUCACGCUUGACUUGGUCAGUCCUAAUCCUCCACGCAAUUGGCAUGAAGCCCAUAUCUUGUUUGACUUGAUUUUGGCGCAAGGGAUGUACGGUGGCCGUUUCUCAGGAUUGGUUACAGUUUCUCCCACUAUCACAGAACCAAACCUACGUAUGUACGCAGUUGCUGUUUCAUUCGAGCCUGUCAUUAGUGGACAAGAUCUCGUCACAAGUGCAGGCAUCCAGCCUUUCUGCAAUCAAUUUGACUGUCUUAUCUUUCAUGCCAGGGAUCAACUGCACAUUGAUUUUAAUCGGGUUCAUCAAAUGCAGCAUGGGCAUGGGUUCGUUGUUUAUCUCAGUCGUCGACCGGAACCUGAACCAGUUCCAAGCGUUCCCCCAGAGGCUGUUGCAAGCAUUGAUCCUGCCCUGGAGCCUCACCCUGAGCAAGAUGUAGAUAUGCACCAACAGUCCGUUGCAUCUGAUCCUCUUGCCACAGACCCCACCGUAGGUGCCACUGCUGAUGCGGAUGACCUUCGACGUGUCACCCUGUACAGAUUGAACCGGCAAACCAAGUCUGCUUGGGUUCGAUGGCGGCAGUUUUCGAACCUCUUGCAGGAUGUUCUAGAGGCCACUUCGAUCUCACCUGCGGAUAUUGUUGCCCUUCACCCUUUAUUGGCCAAACCCACUGGAGAGCAUGCCAAUGAAUUUAGUGUCAUUGUUCAGCAACGGCAGGACAUUGAACCUGGCUCCUCCGACAGUUUGGUCUUAAUUGAUGUGGUGUUUCAUCAACAGGGUUCAGUUGCGCACAUGUAUAUGGCCCCAGCUGUCGACAGAAAAGUUGUGAGAGUUCCUCAGACUCUCACGCGACAAGGUGUGCUUCAGCUGGCCAGAGUUGCCAACUAUUGUGAGAGCGCUGGACAAGCGUGUCUGGUAGCACUUAAUCACAACCCUUGGCCUUCCCAAAAUGCUGGAACUCAGACGGUCUUAUCGGGUUGCUAUGUCCGUGUACAGGUACCACCUGCUACGGUUCACGGGGCCGAGACUUGCCGAGCUGUGUCUCUCGUUGAGGACUUGUUUGAUCCUCUGCUUCCAUCAUUUGCUCAGGUGUACCCUACGUUGCCACACCAUGCUGACGUGAACGCCCGUCCCCUGCCCGACCAUGGCUCUUCUCCGCCUGCUGCGAUGCAUGACUGUGUCACAUCUUGCCGUUAUCCGAUUCCAAGACAGUGUCACUUUGCUGAUCAACACGUGGCGGAGGAUUAUUCAUUUGAAGCCAACAUUCCGAUGCAGGCGGCACCGAUUUUUCCAAAUGCCCCUGACUGGCAUGAAUUUGAUCUCGAAAUGAGAGCUCAAUUCCAAGAGAUGUCAGUUAUCGAUAUUCCGGAAGAAGGGCCGGUUAUGCAUGUCACGACAUGGUUUAUUCACCAUGAUCAUGCGCCAGUCUGUUUGGUAGGACGGCUCAUCCGCCUCUCGCAUCGACCCUUUGACUGGUUUGCCCAAUUGUGCACGCCGUGGAUGCACAUGUUGAGACCUUUUGAGAAUUUGGCCUUUCAUAUCGUUAAGCCGUCCCCUGCCUCCGAUAUUCCUGGCCUGCGUAUGAUGCAUGUAAUUUUGGAGCAAGGGAUUCAGCAAGCCAGGCUGACUGCCCUGUUUUCUGCCAUUUUUCAGGGUCUGCAUGGGGACAUUACUCAUAGAAGGGCGCAGUCCAUUCCAACGGUUCUCUCCCAAGAGAUCAUCACCCGCAUUUUAGAUGUUCAAUCCUUGUGUAGAGCCCGUCGAUGCGUUGCUUGGUCAGGUCGAACUCAAUUCCAUCGAACGCAGACUGAUCCAGUUUUCAAUGGUAUUGGUGUGUGUCUUACCGUUGAUGCGUUUCGAAAUCGUUUUGCGUUGGUUGAUGAUGACGGGUUUCAAUUGCCUAGGUCCGCGUCGUCCUCACAGGUACCGCCCCGCAUGUCCUUUAGGGCUGAUGAUGCCACCUUGUUUCCCACUGCAGACCAAGCCAGGGGAUCUGCUGAUUUGCCGGCUGUUGAACACGUGCCUAGCAAUCUGGUUCCCGAGCUUCAAAUCAUUUGGCAGCAUCAUUUGAUGACGACGCCUCAGGGUCCGUACAGGUUCUACGUUGAAACCUGGUUUUGUGAUCAUGACCGUUUCCCAGGUACCAAUCGUGGCCGUGAAGUUCUCCUUUCGCCUGAUCGAGACACAUGGAAGGACACCAUUCUCGCCAAAUGGCAUGACAUGAUUGACCCGACAGCUGAAGUGUUUCUCUACGUCAUCCACCCGCAGCCGUUUGGAGGUCCCACAGAAGUUCUUGCUCAUGUUCUCCUUGCGCAGCAUCAACAUCGUGGUUUUGUUUCGGCACUCAUUACCACUGUAGCGCCAGGAGACGACAUUUGGGACCCCCCACGUGUCGCGUUGAAAUUGCCUGCGGUUGUUGAUAAAGGUUUACUCAUUCAAGAAAGUGGCCUUUUCAUGUUUUGUCCUCCAUUUAUGCCGUUUAACUCCUGCCAAGCGUCGUUGGGCGACCAAGAAAUCCUGCAAGACGUUUUGCAUCCUGCAUCCUCUGGCCAGGGGUUUUUGUGCACUGCAAACAGUGAAGCUGCAGUGCAUCUCGAUGUGAGCCUUGGAUCCUCGGUAACACACGACGUUCAUAAAUUGUUUGAGAUGUUAGGACGGGUUAUCACCAAGCUUGCCACAGCUGUUGUCCACACCCUUGCUCCUCAUGGUCCUUUGGCACGCUGCAGUGACUAUGUUGGAGAUGAAGGUUUGGUGGUGCACCUAUCAGGUGGUGAAAUCAUCAGUCCUGACUCCCACUCCAUUGGCUCAUGUUGUUUUGGCCCCGCCGAUGUUGAUUCUCAACAUGCAUCAUUUGUCUCAGAUACACCAGUGGCACCCGUCAUGGUUCAGGAAGGCCAUGUUCACGGAGUUAAGUGGCAUGACUCGUCUCAUUUGCCCUUCCCUUCCGUGGAGCCUCAGCAUGUUGGUCCUAUGCCAGAAGCGAGCCUUGGUCUCGCAUCUCAGGAGGCCUUGUUGGAUGAUGAGCGUUUCCAGGAUGGCUUGCUCUUGUUGCAGCUGCAGUCUCGGCUCACUGAAGUGUCUUAUCCUUCCACUUCCCCCCAGCCUUCCCAGUUUGAGCAUUCGACCCCAACAGUGUCGCAGUCUGGCAGACAGAAUCCUUACCAGACCGCCUCGCUAGGCAAAGUUACUCUCUGCCUUGAUGCUUGCAUUGCACGGCCUACACGUUACCAAGAAGAUGGGUACGUCGGGGCGGAAAUCACGUAUCGUUCGAGGGAAGAUUGGCCACAAUUUCUUGCCCAAACAAAAGUUCAACUUGCGUCUUUCCCUGAAGGGCUCCACCUGACAGCUGAAUCCUAUCAUGCGUUGAUCAGUCCUGAUCAAGUUCCUGAACCUGACUUGGCUGGCAAACGUGCGCUAUAUGUGGAUGGUUCUGCUGCACAGGGAUCAGCUGCCUGGAGCGUUGUUGUUGUUCGUUAUGACGGCAGUGGCAUCCCAGCACUCCAGGGUUCCUUUUCAGGGAUUGUUGAACUUGAUCAGACAUCGGACAACUGGGUCGGGGCAGAUCAUGCUGACAACAUUAGUGCAGAGUUGACUGCUGCACUUGCUGCCAUGAUUUAUGCCCUUUGUGGAGACCAUUAUGAUGAUGUUGUCGUGCGUCCUGACUUGAAGCUCAGUGCUAAACUGGCCAGCUUAGCUUGGCGCUGCCAGUCGCAUCCUGCAUUAGGUCAGCUAUGUCAGCUUCUUGGCAGUUGGCUCCACAAAACCGGCGGAUGUUUUGUUGAAGUUCGGGGCCAUUCUCGCCAUGCUUGGAAUGACCUUGCUGACUCCGUUGCCAAGUGGACAUUGACUGCAUCCCAACCCGUUGGGGAAAUUGAUUGGUCUCCCUUUCAUGAGCUGCUGAGCACUGGUGAUAUCCGAUGGGCUUGGUUAAUGACGGCCUUGCCGCAAUUUCAUCAAUGUCUUCCCACAGGUUCUGCGGAGGGUUGUUGGCAGAUUACUCCCUCAUAUCGCAAAAUUCCGGCCCCGGUAGACACUGGUCAGCUUGAUCAUUGGAGUCCCUUAAGUUUCAAGGUCGCUUCCGCCAAUGUGCUGGCUCUUAGUGACGCCUCCUCGGGUCUUCCUGAAGCAACAUCUGCCGAUCGCGCCGUUCGUCUGGAUCUGCAAUGGCAUGCGCAAGGGAUUGCUGCCAUUGGUUUGCAGGAAUCUCGACGAGAAGAGGGCAGAAUUCAAACCGAACAUUAUGUUGGUUUUGCCUCCGGUGCGCAGACUUGUGGCAAGUCACAGCAUUAUGGUUGUGAACUAUGGCUGCACAAACACAUGGCUCUUGAUGAUGAAGGACACCUGACCUUUUCGCAAUUCAAGGCAGUCGUUGUGGUCGCUGAUCCGCGUCGCCUGGUCGUGAAUCUGUCCCACCCCAAAAUCAAUAUGUCUUUUGUAGUGCUGCAUGUCCCGUGCAAGUCCAAUUCCUGCUCCUUAGAGCAGCUUGCAACGUGGUGGCAGGAUACCCAGGCUUUGUUGCAGCAGGCCCGCCUGGCCUCCUUGACAUGGUGCAUGAUUGAUGCUAAUGCCCCGCUUGCGUCUGAAUCCACGCCGUUCUUUCAGAUGCAUGGAGCGGAGAUUUCUAAUGCUCAAGGACGCUUAUUUGAAGAGGUGUUGCAACACAUGGAAUGGUAUGUUCCCGCCACCAUGGAGUGGGCACACCAGGGUUCUCAUUGCACGUGGACCCACCCCAGAGGGUCUCAGCUUCGGCGAGAUUAUGUGGCCUGUUCUAAGACAGCGUUUGAAUGGUGUUCCAAAACGUGGGUCGACAUUCACUUUGAUGGCGGUUUUGGUCAUGACGACCAUUAUCCGGUAGUCAUGCAAUGUCAGGGAUGGCUGUAUGAUUCUCCAGGCAGUACCAAAGUUCAAUGGGAUCCCUUGGCCUUUGUAGACCCCGUCAAGUGCCAUCAGUUCCGUAACGCCGUUCGCUCUUUGCCGAUUCCUGACUGGAGUACCCAUGUUGACUCACACGCUGAAAUUAUGGAGAGCCAACUCUUUGCCGUUGCCAAGCAGCAUUUUCAAAAGACAUCCCAUGACCGGAUGCGUCCACGUCUUUCUGAGUCCACUCGGAAUCUUAUUCAGUUCAAACGUUCCUGUCUUGACUUUGGUCGUGCCCACUCGCUGAUGCAAGAUGCCCAGUUCCGUGAUCAACUUAAAUGCCUUGAGAAGGACAUUCGCCUGCGAGUCCGGCAUGAUCAGCGUGACUUUUAUAACCAUUUAGUACAGGAACUUGCGACCGCAGGUGAGCUUCAUGAUUCUCGUCACAUGUACAAAUUGCUCACCAGGCUUGGAGGCCGCAAAUCUGCCAAAACCGAUGCCAAGGCGCUUCCUAUCCUCAAGGUUCAAGGAGUUCCUGUCCGGUCGUUUGUGGACCAACAGAAGCUUUGGAUGAAACAAUUUGCCGACAUUGAAGCUGGGAAUAUCAUGGCCCGAAGUGAAUUUCACCGGCACUUGCCUGCCUGCUUGGGUGUUCCUCACGAUGACAUGUCCAUUGCAGUGUUUCCAGAUUUGCCUGAGAUCAUGCAGCAGAUUCACCGGCUGAAGCGUGGGAAAGCUCCGGGGCCCAAUGGCUUGCCGCCUGAUGUUUUGAAGGCUGGCUCUCAUGACAUUGCACAGCAUUUGGUUGUUUUAACCACCAAAAUCGCAGCCCAUGGACGGGAGCCAGCGGCUUGGCGCACUGGCAAGCUCAUUCCGCUUCACAAAGGCAAGUUGGCCAAAAGUGAUCCAACUGGCUAUCGAUCGAUCUUUCUGAACAAUUUCACCACAAAAAUUUACCACUCCGUACUUCGCAAGCACCUCGUGCAAGCUUGGUCGUCUGUGCUAACGCACCUCCAAAUUGGUGGUCGAAAGGGUUUAGGAUGUGAUUCCGCCCAUCACAUCAUUCAAGCUCAUGUUGCGUAUGGACAGAUCCACAAGCAUCCGAGUGCCAUUCUUUUUGUAGACUUCAAGUCUGCAUUCUACAGUGUUGUACGGCAAGGGCUUUUCCAGGAAGACAUUGAUGCCACGUCCUUUAUGAUUGCCAUGCACCGGUUGGGGAUUCAUCCACAACAUGUGGAGCAAUUGCUGCAACAUGCUCAUUCCGAAGCAGCCAUUGCCAACAUCGCGCCACAUGCUAUGCGGUUGCUACAUGACAUGUUGCAGGCUACUUGCUUUGAGAUGGAGGGAUUAUCAGAGGUUGCAGUCACCACCAGAGGCACCAGACCGGGUGAUCCGAUUGGUGACAUUGCAUUCAACAUUGUCAUGGCGGCCCUGUUAAAAGAUGUCUCUGAGAAUAUCCGCCCCAGCCAGGCCAUCUGGGAAGGAGCACCUGAUGAUGUCCACGAUUUCGCAGACGUCAAAUCCCCGGCACCUUUUGCAUGGGCAGAAGUGGCUUAUGUGGAUGAUUUGGCUUUACUCCUGCGUGCUCCGAGCAAUUUGCAGUUGAUUGACCUUGCCCAUGUGGCUGCAGGUGCUGUGUUUCAAGCUGCGAAUCGUCGUGGCUUGGAGCUCACAGUUGGUGAAGGGAAGACAGAAUUGCUCUGGGCCUUGCGUGGUGGGGGAAAAAAGAAACUGCAGACGCAGGUUGCUCAUGACCACGGCACUCUUUCUAUUCCCCUCCCAGAACGGGAUCAGCCGUUGCCAUUGCCUAUUGUUUUGUCAUAUAAGCAUUUAGGUACAUGGGUCCAAAAUGAUGCAAAGCCCUUGCGAGCCAUUCGCACACGCCUACACGCUGCAAGGCAGGCCUGGGGGCCAUUGGUGCGUCCCUUUCUAUCCAAGAAAGGGGUGCUACACAGGACAAAGACCCAAGUGUUUGAAUCAUUGGUCCUCUCACGGUAUUUAUUCAAUGCCCACACAUGGGGCCUGGUGUCACAGACGCAAAUGAGUGAGUGGGAAGCAGGGCUUCGGCCCAUGUUGUAUGCUCUUGCUCGUCCCUUCCUGCGUGGUCAACCUCCGUUCACCUUUGAUGUUGAGAUUCUAUGCGGCUUAUGCAACUUGCUUGCGCCCAGUGACAUGUUGCAUUUGGCUCGGCUACGCUAUUUCAAGCGCCUGUUGCAGCAUUGUCCGCCCAUUCUGUGGCAGCUGCUUCAUGCCACGGCUUUCCAGGCAGGCUCUUGGCUUGAUCAGUUGCAGGAAUCUUUUCAUUGGUUGUGCCGCUUUAGUGGAGUGCAUUUUGGCCUUUCCGGCACCACUCACAUCUAUGACUGGUGUAGUUUUGCUGCCAUCGACACUCGAUGGAAAGGGCGCCUUAGGCGGGCAGUGAACUCUUGCCGUAGGUAUCGUGCCGAAAAUGCCAAGCAGGCAGCUUGGGACGUAUGGCUCCAAAACUCCCUGACCCGUGAUGGAGUUCCUGAUUUUUCCCCCCAAAUAAAAGCACAGCCUGUUCAGUGGCAGUGUCAGCUGUGUCUGGAGCAGUUUAGUUCCCGCAGAGCCCUUGCACAACACGCGGUGAAAAAGCACGACUAUGUGACAUUAGUCAAGCAUUAUGCAUUUGGCAGCACUUGUGCCAACUGCUGCAGAAGUUUUCACCAUCGAGUUCGGCUUUGCUGUCAUCUCCGCACAUCAGUGGCAUGUCUUGAACGCACAAGGGCUGCCUUCCCGCCAUUAUCUGUUGAUGCCAUUCAGAUGUUAGGUGCGGACGAUCGUUUGCAUGCAAAAGCGAUGCGUGAUCAGGGAUGGCUUGCCACUAAGGCCCAAACACCGGUCUUGUAUGGUUUUGGACCUCCUUUGCCGCCUCCAGGCUCAGCUGAAGCCAACCUCAUGUGGGGUAAGUGGGCUGCACGCACUGAUUCCAGCUCUGCUCACGCUUUUGAGGGCCUGGAUGGCAUAUGCAUUGGGGCAGAUCCCGCUGACCCUGUGCCAUUAGCACAGGAAGAUUCUGCCACCAUAUCCGUUGAAAUGGCAUUUGUGAUGCAUUCUGACCAAGGUGCUGAGCACGGGCAUGCAGGUCGAUUCUCCAAUCGAGGCCUUGCAACUCUGUAUGCGCGUUUGCAUAUUCGCACAAUGUGUUUUAUUCACUUCUUCUCUGGAUUUCGCCGGGAAGGCGAUUUGCAAUCGCAAAUUGAACAGCACUGGGUACAAGGUAUUCAUCACAUUUUUUGCAUUUCUAUCGAUUACUGCCUGCAAGGCAGCCAAGGUGAUUUGUCGUCGACCAAGAGUUUGGCCUUUUGGAAAACCCAGGUGUGCAACGGAGCGAUCCUGGGGAUGGGAGGGGGUCCCCCCUAUGAGACUUACUCGGCAGCCAGAUUCUUGGAGGGGGGACCCCCCCCCCUGCGGUCCCAUUCGGACUAUUGUGGAUUGCCGUCCAACUCCGCCAGACAGUGGGAUCAGGUUGCUCUGGGAACCGCGUUGAUGCGCUUUUUGCUGGAGAUGAUGUAUUACUGUUCUUUGGCUGGGGCUUGCGGAUUUUUGGAACAUCCGGCUUUUCCAGUUUGGGCGAUGAAACACUCCCCUGCAAGCACAUGGACCCUAGCUGCAGUCCGUCGGCUGCGGCGCCUUAACUGUGUGUCUAUCGCAACAUUUGAUCAAUGCAUUUUCCGCUGCGAAGGGAAGAAGCCAACCACGUUACUUCUGGUGCGUUUGCCGCACCUGAGAGAGGCGCUCCUGAAGCUUGGUCGUGGUGGAAGAUGCCCUCACGCCGCUGGUGCACACACUGCACUUAAAGGCCGUGGACCAGAUGGAUUGUUUCGCACUUCAGUUGCGAAAGUUUAUCCACCACAGAUGAAUGCUGCGAUUGCAGAGGCUGUAAUUCAUUUUGCAUGUGCGACUUUUGUGCCGGGGGAGCAGCAAAGUGCUGUUCCUGAGUGCGCGAUCGAUCGGGUUCUGAACGAGAAGGCCUUGGCCGAAAGCGUCCACGCUGAAACUAUGCGACAAUUGGAGCUGGACGGGGACACGGAUCGGGAGAUUGAGGAGCUGAAGGAAGAUAAGGAGACGCGUUUGAAGGCGGAGCGCGACGACAAGGUGCGCCUCCGAGGCCAGGCCGGCAUCCACAAGCGCAACGGCGAGGAGCUCAAUAAGCAAAUGCAGCAGAAAGACGAUGAGCUAAUGCGAUACAAAGAAGAGGAAAGGAAAAAAGAGGAGAAGAUCGCCCAAUUGAACAAGGAGCGGGAUCACAAUGCCAAAGAGAUCCGACAGCGGGAUAGCACCAUCGGCGACAAAGAAGGGAAGAUCUAUGAGUUGAAGAAGCAGAAUCAGGAGCUUGAGAAGUUCAAAUUUGUGCUGGACUACAAGAUCAGAGAAUUGAAGGCGCAGAUCGAUCCAAAGAAUGACAAGAUUGCAGAGAUGAAGAAGGACCUGCGAACGGAGAUCCAGGCCAUGGACUCGGAUCUGGAGGACUACCAUCGAAAGAACACACAGCUGCAGGUAAACAUCCAGCAGCUCACUAACAAGCACAAGACGUUGCAAGAUGACAUCGUCUCGCAGCGGAAGAAGAUGACUGACUGCCAAACUGUCAUCAAGCGCUUCAAAACCGACUUGCACGAGUGCGUUCAGUUCAUCCAGGAGCCUCGACUGCUGAAGGAAUCGGUGACGGCGCUCUACAAGAAGUACGUUCCGCCGCUGGGCGCUGCGGAUGCCAAAUGGAAUGGUGUCAAGAAGCAAGAGCUGGACACAGACAUCCAGCGCGAGUACAAUCGCCAGCGGGACUAUUUGGAGAAGUCGGUCGACAACCUCAAGAGAAAGUUGUUGAAGGAUUCAGAUGUGCAUCGGCAAGACAACACACGUGUCCUGCAGGAAAAUGUGCAACUGAUCAUCGAGAUCAAUAACUUGAGAAGGGAGAUCGACUAUUUGAAGCGUGAGAGACAGCAGCAACUGGGCUACAGCCUCAUAGUUCAAGAGAAGCAAAGACUUCAUGUCUCGAAAUUGAAGAGCAACAACACCUCCAAAUCCAGUUCAGGUAAACCUGACGAUAUCUCCACCUUGAAUCGUGAGAUCGAAACCAACAAGACGACCAUCGAUGACUUGAGAGAGUGGAAGAGCAGACGGCCCUACGGAGCACCGCGGCCCCUGCCGUGGAGGUGCAGUGAUUCCUUGUGCCUCGGUGCUUCGGAGAGACGGAGCAAAGGCUGGAGCUGGGUGGUGAUGGGCUUCAGUGGAGCUGACGACAUCUCAUCGUCGCCGCAUGGCGCUCCUUUGUCGGUGACCUCCGGCUUCGAGAAGGACUUUGCUGUCCAGCGCGUGAAUGUUGUGAAGAGUCAGGACCUUGGCAUUUUGCCCCCGAAGACCACAGUGCUGCCGGUGAGCCAACGUGGCUUCCCCGACGACCUGCGGCCGCAGGAGGUGUCCUCCACCUCUGAAGUUCUGGGAGAAACAGCCAGGCAGUUGCCCGAUGCGCAUCGUUUGUACGGCUACGGUGAAAGACAGAUUCGUUACUCCUCAGAGGUGGCAGCUCCGCAGUACAACCAAGGUGUGGUGAUCGUGCAGGACUACAUGGGUCUGCCGCAGCAGCCUGGGCACCAGAUGGUGCACGCAGACGAGGUCAUUCAGAACAGCGCCUGGCAACGCUGCGGAGCCUUUCUGCCGAUCCGCGACGGAUCCUACGGAGUUCCGCCCGCCAGCGAUUGGAAGCGAACGGACUGGUCUCAGGCUGUUGACAUGCGUGGAAUCCGACAACGUGCUGGGCAAAGAGGACUUCAAGAGAAGUUUGAUCGAUUGUACAGAUUGCGAAAUGCUUAG